AUGCUCCACAUGCUCGGUCGCCUCGAGCAACUCAUUACGGAAUCGAAGAACUCUGUAAUGAACGCAUUAAAGGGCGAAAGUAUCUGCCUAAACCACGGCCAUCCACAAUACCAGAGAAGCGACAACCAGGAAACACAAGGGAAUCGCGAAGAGAAUGACAUUAUCGAGGGUAACGCAGGUUUUAUGGAAGGUGUUGAAGAGCCCGACGAAGAUGUCGCAACAGAAGAUGCCGAACUCGCACAAAAAGAAGUCGCCCAAGAAGAAGAACAACACGAAGACGAAGUUGUCGAAGCUGAGGACGCAGAACUCGCAGAAGAAGAAGGCGCCGAAGAGGAAGAAGAACAUCACGAAAAUGAAGUUGUCGUCGUCGUCGGAGAUAAUGAACCCGCUGAAGAAAGGAUUGCAGAAGAAAUCGAAGAAUUCGAUGAGGAAGAUAAUGGAGAGCCAGAAAACGAGGAGGCCGAAGAAGACAUACUGAUGAGAGAGACUGAUCAAGAAGACGACCCAAACGGCCUCCCUGAGGGCGAACAAGAAGGGGAAAUGGUACACAGAAUUGAGCAAAAGUUCAGAAGCACCCAACAAGCGCUACAUACUUUGAGGAAAUUCUGCGGCAAUUGA